AUGAAGAUAAUAGGGCGCAAACAUAUCUUUCUGAAUGGGUCCAAAGUCAAAUUCUAUGGGGUGGAAUUUGUACAUUUUGAGGAAAAUCAAGCAGAAGACAAUGUAGUGUGUGUUGUUGGGUUAAUAAGAGGAUGCUUCCCUAAAGACCUCAUCCCUAGUGAUUUAAGUGAGAUGCUUGAUCUUUUGCUAUCAGAUCCUCUGCCCAAUCUUGAAGCAGGGAAAGGUGAUUGCUCCCUGCUGUCAGCAAAAGAGAGGACAGAACUCUUGGUUCUUUUGCAUACCGAGUACAUGACAAAUGUAAAACCUAUGUUAUGUGGUAAAGAUGGCGACGAUCCAAAUGGAAAUUUGGAAGAUUUCUUCGUAGGGUGCUCGUACAUAGAAACAUGGGUAGACACUAUGACAAAAAACACUUACCUAACUGAGGUCGCCAGUUAUAACUCGGUACUGGGGGUUUUGAAACUGGAGAAGAGAAAGGAGGAGAACAAAGAGAAGUUGGAGAAUGAAGAGGAUGACAAUAAAAAGCUAAUACAAAAAGGAGAGCGACAGUUUCAUGUUCUAAGAAAUUGUGAUGUACAUAUUCCUGAGAAGGCUGCAAAGGAUGGAAUAUGUCCAUUUCGUCUGACGUGGUGUGACUACAUCCGUACGUGCUACUUUCGAAAGUAUCUCUCCUUUGUGCAAAGCCGCAUGGAAUCUUAUCUAAAGCCAACAAGGUGA